AUGGCCUGCCACGUGGUAGCAGUGCCGUAUCCAGGGCGAGGUCACGUGAAUCCCAUGAUGAACCUCUGCAAGUUGUUCCUCUCCAAAAACUCCGACAUCGUCGUAACCUUCGUCGUCACCGAAGAAUGGCUAGGCUUCAUUGCCUCCGACUCCAAACCCGACAACAUCCGAUUUGCCGCAAUCCCCAACGUUAUUCCCUCCGAACAGGGUCGAGCCAACGACUUCGUGACGUUCCUUGAAUCCGUUAUGACCAAAAUGGAAGCCCCCUUUGAAGACUUACUCAGCCGCCUUCACGCGCCGCCAACAGUAAUCAUAUACGACACUUUCCUGUUCUGGGUGGUUCGCGUCGCCAACGCUAGAAACAUUCCCGUUGCGUCGUUUUGGCCAAUGUCCACGUCGAUUUUCGCCGUGCUCAAACACUACCAUCUUCUCCAGCGAAACGGCCACUACCCUGUAAACGUAUCAGAAGAUGGUGAGAAACGUGUGGAUUAUAUUCCGGGAAACUCAUCAAUUCGUCUGGCAGAUUUUCCGCUUAAUGAUGAAACUUGGCGUAGUCGAAGAUUGUUGGAAUUGGCCUUGAAUGUUAUAACGUGGGUGCAGAAAGCGCAGUACUUGUUAUUCCCCUCCAUAUACGAACUUGAGCCUCGUGCUAUUGAUGCUUUGAAAGCAGAGUUCUCUAUACCCGUUUACAGUGUAGGCCCUGCCAUACCUUGUUAUGAUAAUGGCCACAUUGAUGCCUCUAAACAUGGCUACUUUCAGUGGCUUGACAACCAACCCUCUGCAUCUGUGUUGUACAUUUCUCAAGGGAGCUUUCUGUCUGUUUCUAAUGAACAAUUUGAUGAAAUUGCAGCUGGUGUGGGUGAUAGUGGUGUUCGGUUCUUGUGGGUACAACCCACAGAAAAUGGUAGGUUGAAAGAGUUGUGUGGGGAUAGGGGACUAGUUUUGCCAUGGUGUGAUCAAUGGAGGGUGUUGCAGCACCCUGCCAUUGGGGGGUUUUGGUCUCAUUGUGGGUGGAAUUCUACUAGAGAAGGUGCUUUCAGUGGUGUUCCUUUUUUGGCAUUGCCUAUAUUUAUGGACCAACCCCUUAAUGGUAAGUUGAUUGUAGAGGAAUGGAAGGUGGGGUGGAGGGUGAAGAAUGAGGUUAAAAAGGACACUUUGAUAAGAAAAGAUGAAAUUUGUAGGCUAAUAAGAAAAUUUAUGGAUGUGGGUAGUGAUGAAGUGAGGGAUAUGAGGAAAAGAAGCAGAGAGUUGAAGCUGUUAUGCCACAGUGCAAUUGCAAGUGGGGGGUCAUCAGAAACUGAUAUCAAUGCUUUUCUUUCACAGAUAUUACAUGGUGCCAAGCCAGAGUAA